UUAAGAGGCCGCUGAGGAACUGUUAAGGUUAUGUUUGUCGAAGAUGUCAUGCUACCUCUUUUGCUUAUUUAGGGGUUAAAGUGUCGUGUUUGAGAUUUUCUGCAGCUAGAUUGAAGCCUUGUGUUGAAAGAAUUAUACGAUUCCUAAAAUAUGGAAGAAUAUGCAAGAGAACCCUGUCCCUGGCGGAUAGUGGAUGACUGUGGAGGUGCCUUUACAAUGGGUGUCAUAGGUGGGGCAAUCUUUCAAAGUAUCAAAGGCUUUCGCAAUGCACCAAGUGGAUGGAGACAGCGUUUUACGGGCAGUGUUGUAGCAAUCAGACAACGAGCACCUAUUAUUGCUGGAAAUUUCGCAGUAUGGGGUGGAAUGUUUUCCACAAUCGAUUGCACGUUAGUCCACUUUAGGGGAGGAAAGGAAGAUCCUUAUAAUUCCAUUAUUAGUGGAGCAGCAACUGGUGGAAUUUUAGCAGCAAGAAAUGGUCUACCGGCGAUGGUAGGCAGUGCAAUUAUUGGUGGAGUACUCUUGGCUUUGAUAGAAGGUAUAGGAAUUUGCUUCACACGCCUUUCUGCUGAACAGUUCAAACCUCCAUCAUUGGUUGAAGAUCCAUCACAACUGGGCGCAUCACCACAGGGCUAUCCUUCAUAAUAUUCAAUCAAAUUGUUUAGAUUUAUUUGAAAUUAGAAUGAAAUAUUCAAGUAACAAUAGUAUAGAAAACUUUGCACUAAAAUUCUCUUUUAGCUGUUAAAUUUGUUGCAGAUUAGAGAUUUUAGAUUUAUGGUGAAAUAAUAUAGUUUUAUUAUUUGCCACUGUGUUACUUUAAAUCUUCUAAUUACAAUGCCAAACAUUAUACUUUUUAAGGAUAUAUUCUGUAAAUACUUAUAAAAUGCUAGUGAUAAAAAUGAAUACAAAGAUGUCACAUACAACUAUACAAUAUGUCUUAGUGUAUCAAUUAAUUUAUUGACACUACAUUCUUAUACAAUAUAUAAAUUCUAAGUAUUUUGUUUUAUUCGUAACAUUAAUGUAAUGCAAUCACAGUAACAAGGCAGUUUACA